AUGACUCAAAAUUGCAGGCGUCAAAUACAAAUUGAGACAGCGUCAUAUACUAGGCGAUGCAGUAAAAGGAAGGUCCCUAUCCACGCCGCUCACCUCUACGAUGCAGUCAUGAUCUACGCUCGAGCCCUAACAGAGAUCUUCCAUAACGGCGAGGACCCUAGGAACGGAUCUGCUAUCCUUCAGCACAUCCUUAACCGCUCGUACCACUCCGUCCAGGGCCAUGACGUGUACAUUGAUGGAAAUGGAGAUGCCGAGGGCAACUUUAGCGUGGUGGCGCUGCUCGAUGACGAAGCAGUCAAUGGCAGUCUGCGCAUGAGCAUGCAGCCUGUGGGCUACUUCCAGUACUCUUCCGACAGCAGAGUCAUUCCUAAGUUCCGGUAUUAUGACGAGGGCCGCCCCAUCCAGUGGGUCAGUGGACGGCAGCCCCCGGCCGAGCCUCUUUGCGGAUUCGAAGAUGAGCGCUGCGGUUACAACUGGAAGGAGAUAAUGACCGCAACCGCAGUCGCAGCGCUAGGCGUAGUCGCUGCCGCAUUAGCCUUCAA